CGUAAUUAUACUUCUUCGAGCUGUCCAACUUUUCGGACCUUGUGAGUAACCCGCCAAGCAGAGGUGGAGCAGAAAAAGACAAGAAAAACGAAAAAAAGCGUAACUGUAACACAAAUAGGGAUCAUUGCUUUCGCGCUCCGCGCCGCUCGGUGUGCCGCGGGUUACUGCGCCUCGAGCUCCAGCCUCGCGAUGGAUGGGACGGAGAGCGCGCGCGCCGGAGGGACAGCAGCAGCCGCGGUAGUGGUGGCGGCAGCGGCGGCAGCCACAGCAGCAGCAGCCCUGGGCGCGGGCAGCGGCAGUCACAGUCACGGUCAGAGUCACAGUCAGAGUCACAGCCACAGCCGCGGCGGUGGAGAUGCGAGCGCUCCGAAGCAUCUGUGGAGGCAGCAGAACCCGUCCUCUCUCCCUCCGCACCUCCACCACCUCCACCUCCACCUCCUCCACCAGCAGCAGCAGCCGCUCGCAGCCAGGAAGCACCACCGGGUGAGACAAAGAGGAUUUUCCGACACCGAGAAGUACCUGUGCCCUCGAACCAUGGACCGGACCUACGCGGUGGACACCGGACACCGACCCGGCUUGAAGAAAUCCCGCAUGUCGUGGCCGUCCUCCUUCCAGGGACUUCGACGGUGAGCCCUGCGCCCUUGCCUUUUGUUUUGUACUUUGAAAUACUAGUCAGUGAGCGCGGUUGAGAAAGUGAGAAGCCAGCAGGGCGUGUGCGGAUGAAGGAUGAAAAGGACUCGAGCGUCUCCGAGCUGCCGAACCGA